AUGCCUGACGUACAAACGAACCCAGAAAACCUACCUUCACUAGAUUUUUUGUUAGAAAAUAAUUCUGAAACUACAAAACCUGAAAGCCUUCCUAACCAGCUGGCAAAUACACAAACAGAAAUUGAGCUGGACACUACACUAAAUGGAGAAUCUAUGAAUCUGCCUAUCCUAGACGAUUUGAUAUUACAAACUCAGUCUGAAAUUUCCCAUGAUUGUCUUCCAUCAAAUGAAGAAACUUACUUAGACACUGAAAACCUGGAAGAAGACCUUAAACCUAAAGAAGAAAGAACUAUAGGAACAAAAAGGCGUAAGGUGGUACAGAUCCUAGAACAAGGUUCGGAGUCUUCUGAUGAAGAAAACCUAGAAGAAAGAACUAUAGGAACAAAAAGGCGUAAGGUGGUAGAGAUCCUAGAACAAGGUUCGGAGUCUACUGAUGAAGAAAACCUAGAAAAAAAGCGAUGUAGAAUUACAAAUAAGAAAGAGUGGUCAGACAAAAAGAAUAAAAUGUUGAGAGAACAGAGGAAAGCUUAUAAAGGUUGGAGUAGACCCAAAGCUAUUUCUGAAGAAAGCCGAAGUGCACACUUUUCAAAAAAUUCUGGUCUCAAAUGA